UAUAAGGUCCACCACACCUUAGCUGCUGCUGCUACACGUUCUUCUCUUUCUUCUGGAUUUCUAAUAAUUCAAGAUUAGCCGCAGUAAAGUUGAGGAGUGACAUUUAGAGCUCAAGCAGGCCGUCCAGGGAUCUGUUGGGCAUGUGCAGGCAAGAUCACAGAGCAGGGGAGAGAAACUUGUUCUGCAAGCACUUUGAAGGACCUUCAUCCCGCUCGUGUUGGUUUCCAUUCAGCUGCAGAGGAGUUUGUUCAGGAUUCGCACAGACACAUCGGAUGUGUGUCUAGGUAGAAAACACGUUUCCACAUUUUCACCAUUUAGACAUAAAGCAGCUGGCUGGAAGCCCAUGAAAUUUCAUUUUACAGGUCGAAAAGUCUUUUCUGUGAAAGCUGCACGUCCCACCAGCCAGUCAUCAUGUAUAAUCCAACAAAAGAUGAUAUCUAUGCGUACGCCCUGUCCAAGACCCUGACAAAAGUUUCAUCGCCUGCAACUGUGGGACUCUACUCUUCAUGUCAGAAUCGAAUCAACAUGAUCCUUGGGCAAAUGGAAGUGUUCAUGGACGAGGAGGCUGUGAAGAUAGAGAACGAACACAAAGGAAAACCUCACUCGGCUAAGCCGUCAUUCACAGGCUUCCUGGGACUCAUCUGUCGACUGCUCUUCUACAGGCCUGUUUGGACUAAGACGAACCAGCAGCUCCAUGACAUCAGGUUCAUUUAUGUUCAUUUUAGUGCCUGGCAUUUUGCCGGCAGUGACCUGCUUUGGGCCGGGCUAGCCAUACGACUGUUUCAGGCCAUGCAGAUAAACUUUGGAAAAUUACAGCUUGCACUCUACCGUGUGGCUCAACAUGAUGAAGAGGAGGAAUUCAAGAAAAAGAUCGUGGAGAAUGGUAAUAACAGCUGGAGGUCCAAGAAGAUCUGCUGCUGCCCUUUGUGGUUUCUCGUUCUGGCCCUUCUUGUGGUACCAGUCAUCAUCCUGAUAUGCCUAUUGACAGUUGGCCUUCCCAAACCUGCGGUGAAGCCAGAUGGGGGUAUGAAUAAAGCAAAUGGUCAGGUGGGUAUGCUAGAGGGCCUGAUCAUUGCUUUGUUGGGAGUCCCAGCAGCAAGUGCAGCCAGGUUCACUUUUCAAAUGGUUAAGAACCUCAUUGUCAACCAGGACCUGAACAUUAAGAAGGGUAUGGACAACCAGCGGGUGAGCAGCCAACUUGGUUUCAUGAAUGAGGUGAGAAAGGAAAUGUGGUUCCUGUGUCGCUUCAUCCAAUUUAUGGAGAUAUUUGAGAGGAAAAGGAUUCGAGUGGUGCUGAAGAUCACCAAUCUGGACCGCUGCUCCCCUAAGAAAAUUGUUGCAGUUCUGGAAGCCAUCAACAUUCUGCUUUCAGACGAGGAGAGUCCAUUUAUUUCCAUUCUGGCAGUGAACCCAGAUGUUCUUGUGCAAAAAGUGAACUUUGCAGACGAUUGUUUCAGCGAAGAGGACAGAGCUUAUGCACUGUUGAAUCGCAUAGUUACUCUGGCCUUCACUAUCCCACCACUGUGCGAUGAUUCAAAGCAAAGUUUAUAUUACAGCCUCACUGGUAAUUCAAAAAUCCCUGAGGAUAUGAGCGUUGGGAAAGAUAAUCAUAGAACUGGGGACCCCAAACAUAAAUCUCCCUCAGAUGUAACAGAAGUACUUAUUCCACUGGAGGAGUCAAAUUCACUGAUCAAUACAACUACAGCAGCACUGGAUGUAAAUGAAGAGGAAGUAGAGACACUGGUGAGGAGCAUCCUGACCAGCAAUAAAAGAAAAGUAAACCAGUACAUGUCAGAUGAUGCCAUGUCCAUGAGGAGGGUGAUCAACUCCAUUCGAGUGACCGUGAUAAUCAUGAUGGCCUUGAAAAAACAGCUUCCUCAACCAGAGGACAUCGCAUCAUGGGUGGUCUUAGUCAAUCAGUGGCCCUGCCGACUCAGCUGGAUCAUCCAGUGUGUGGAAGAUGCUGAGCAAAGGGCUGAUAUUGAUUGUAAGAGCGUGGACAACACUGACGACUCAAAGACCUUGUGGGAAAUCUUCAGAGUGUCCAAGACAGAGCUGUACGUGAUGAGAGCACAGAUCGAGGACCUCCUCGAGCAGGACGGAGAUCCUGAGAUGUUUGAAAGGUUUCUCACAGUAGAUUUCCAGUUCACCGUAAAGGACUUAAAGACAUUUGAAGUGGUGACGGUGAACCUGGAUCAUACAAUCAGGAAGGAGCUGGCUCAGAUCAGAGGGACGUCCAGUCUGAAGGAUUCUGGUUGGAUGAGGGACCUGGCUCCUCUACCAAUUACAACUAUUAUCAAUAUGGAUACAGCGGGUGUAUGCAAAGAGUUGGAGAGGAUGAAAUACCCUGGCAGGUAUAUUGAUAAAGUGAAAAGCAAUGACCUCAAUGGAAUGGCACUGCUCUUUGGUAACACAGAUGACCUCAAAGACCUCCUAGAUAUGACCUAUGGAGAAUGGGCAACUUUCAGACUGCACUUCCUGGGUUUACCGCCACAUCUCCGACCUCAGAACAAGAACCUGCUGAUGGCACCUUCUCCUCCUCAAAACCAGCUCCUGAGAUUUAAAGCACAUAAGCACCAUCAUCACUCGUCCAGUGCCAGUCUGGUUAGCAGCUCUAUGUAGGAGGUCAGUCUGAUAUGCAUCAAAUCAUGAUCUGCAUGUGAACCAUAAGCGACAAAUAUCAUUAAAAAAACCUAAUUGCUAAAUGUUUCAGUGUUACAAAUAAAUGAUUAAAGUUUUAGUGCAUGGUUUUGGGAAAUAUCUGUUUCUUGCCACAGUCAGAUGAGAAGAUCCUUAACACUCUCAUGUAUCGAUGCUAAAUGUGAAGCGUUAGCCAGCAGGUAAAUGUUGUUUAUUACAGUGAAGGAGCAGGCCAGGGAACACUGCUACUCUGACUAUAUGUGGAAUAACGGCCGUGUCAGUGCUGCAGGUUGGUCCGACUGCACCUGUUGUCAUUCCGGUCCAGCUUAAUUGUAUUUCUUCAGUAAUUCACAAUGAUCUUGGGCAGCACUAAGCCCAACAUACCACAUUUGCACAUGGGAAGACAUGCACAUCUCCUCAAUCCCAUUGAGUGAUUUCAGCUCAUCACUCCCUGUCCCCUCAACAGGGGCUCGAUGAGCUACUGAGCCUUGAUGCCUCAAUAAAUUGCAUUUAGAUUCAUUUGUUAAGUCCCAUAUUCUGUCACUGUCACAUUGUUAUGGCUAACUGAGACAUUUGGAUAGAAUGGAGCGACUGUUUAUGUUGUUAGUAAAACUUUUAAUGCUCUUGACAUGUCAAAAUGUCUGUAGUGAACAAGGCCUUUUAUGAGACACUGUUAAUUUGUUCUUGUUUUUAUUUUACAUCAUUGUGUUUGAGAAGAAUAGCUAGCAAACAGAAAAGGAUGCGGAAUUUAACCUGUGAAACUGUCUGCUCUUUAUGAGAUGAAACCCAGUCUUACUUCUGUUUAAGUGUAAAUUAUAUAUUGCCUUGCUUUUUUUGGUCCAAUAACAAUUACUGUUAGGGUGCUGUAAAGAGUUUGUAGGUGCUUGAUGUUCUUCUGCUCUUGCUCCAAGUUUUAAAAACCUAAAUUAAAGUGGGAGAUGGUUUAGGAUAUGGACAUCACCAUGAUACAGCUACAGGAGGCCUAAGUUUCCGAGCCUGAAUGGACAAUGACACGGUAUGUUGGUUAUUUCAUCAACUGACGUCGACUGUGAUGUGUUCAGGCAGCGUUUAUUGAUCAGUCUACAGAAAACCAAAUACUGUAUAUUUCCUGCAAUGAAUUGUAAUUCUCCAUUUCAUGCAAAAUUAAAAAAGUAAACUCUGACAAGUGAAAUAUGCAAAACCAUAAUAAAAAAGGUUCAUCCACACAAAUAUAUAGUUUUUGUUGUAUGUCACUUUUUUUAAACACAUUUUCCUGUCUGCACACAAUGUGCUGACUCAUUCCUGAUAUUUUAUCAUCAAAGCGUUUACAUGUUAAAUAAUCAGCAGAAGGUUCAUUUUGCUUUGAACCGUUUCCCUCAGAAAGUUCUUUUGGCUAAAUACAACAGUGGCAAACUCCAGACAUUCACAGUACAAGCAAUAAAAUGACACUGAGCAUACAGUCCAAACAACAGAUCACUUUAAAAGAUUAUUAAUUGAUUAUUAUAAUAUUUUUUAUUAUUAAUCAUAAUAGCAGCUCCUAAUCUCAGAUUUUCUCCCAAUGUACUUUUUGUAAAUAUUAAGAUUAUGGGAUGAAUUAACAACCAGAGAGUAAUCAUUUGAAUAAAAUAAGUACCGAUGGAUUAUAUAUCUGACAAAACAGACAGAUAAGAACUGACAAGAAGCAAACAGUUGGAAUCAUUACAUAGAAACUUCUGACAUACAUUUAAUAUAUAUGUCCAGGUGUGGAUUCAUUGACACUUUGUGUCUGUAGAUGAUCCUUGACCCCAGAAUGUUUCUGAUUGUUUUCUUGCAUUAUUUCAUUUUGAUAUAAGGGAGAAGACACAACAUUAAAAUAUCCUGAAGAACACAGUGGUUGUGGUGAAAAGUCAAGUAAACCUCUUCUUUCAGAAGAUACUUUAUCUAAUUAAGAUGGCUACACUAAGGCUUUACUGUAUUACAACAAUACGUAAGUUACACUUUAAUUGUUAUUUGCAUUUUAAGAGACACAGUUCAUAUAUUCAAGGUACAAGUGUUGUUGCAAUCCAAGCUUCAAAUUCAAUAAAACGUUUUAGACAGAACUGCAGUAAAUAAAAGUUGGGCAUCUCUUUUCUUGGACAGGAGAGAAAAAGUAAUUUGGACAAUUUAGUUUAGGAAUGUAUAAAAAAACAAAUUGUCUAUAAGAAAACAGGAAAAAAAA